CGAAGUUUUCUAACCUCAAAAUAGCAAACUCGACGUGUGGUGACAAAAAAGUUCAAAUUUAAGAAUAAAUUUGCAUGAGGAUUAUCUAGCUUAACAAAAUGGCAAUGCAACUUCCAUCAAAUGUGGGAUCCGAGGAAAUUAAGACAUUUCGGGAAUUCCUGAUGAACUACAAUAAACUCUCCGAAAUUUGCUUUGUGGACUGCAUCAGUGAUUUUACGAGUCGUGAUAUUAAGGAGAAAGAAGAGAAAUGCGCCCUCAAUUGCAUGGAAAAAUACUUGAAAAUGAAUCAGAGGAUUUCCCAAAGGUUUCAGGAAUUCCAAAUGAUCGCUAAUGAAAAUGUAAUGGCAGCGGAAAAAAAACUGGCCCAACAUUAAUUGAAGCCCUUCCUUAUAAACUUAAGUUAACCUACUGUAAUUUUUGUCUUCUAGAAUUAUAAAAAAUGUACAUUAAAACCUCUGAUUGUAUAUUUUCGUUUAUUUCAAUUUACUAAUGAUAUAAGUACAUUUAAAGCUUAUAAUUGUUA